AGUGACUAAGACUUCUCCUCUGCUGCCCAAGCGCUAUGGUGCAGGGAUAGCUGCCGUCUUCAGUCAAACCAAAGCAGGCUCUCCAAAGAGAAGGCUGACUCUAGACAGGUGGUAUAUACACGAUAGUAUAGUAACUGGCCAACUACUUCUUGUGCUUAUACUUUUCAACUUAUUUAUUUUCAUUGUGCUUUUUGACUGUUGUAUAUUUCAUAACUUGGUUGUUAAUAUUCUGAAUGGUUUUUAAUGUGAAGUUUUUAUAACUAUUAUUAAAGUUGCGUUCUUAGAUGGUAAAGCAAAUGAAGGUGGGAUUUAAGUCGUAAAGUGAUGAAUUAACAGGAAAAAAAAUCUAAGUUUACGUUUGUAAAUCAGAUAAAAAAUACUAUGUAAUACUGAUUUAAGACUUAAAAAUAACUUUCUGCUACCAGUAUUCCUAGUCCCAUUGCAUGUGGGUCCCUUCAACUUGAGAUAUUCUCUCAAGUAUUCAGAUGUGAGUUACGUACUGCUCAUGACCGGUUUUCUGCUCCUUAUGAAAGGAAGGAGUAGGUGAGGAGGAAGGAAGAAAUUACUCCAUUUGAGAAACGUUUCAGAUGUAAAAAUAACAUUCAUGUACUGAUGCUUGUAGCUCCUAGUACUUAAAAAUGGCUGGAUAUCCAGUGCAAUUGUUUUUUUUGUUUGUUUUUUUUUUUUGAAGUACGCAUUUUUACAACAUUACCUUUUCCUUAAAAUACUGUGACAAGGAUUCAUUUCCUCACGUGUCUGAUUCUGAGCCCACAGGGAAAGCAUACAGAAGCCAAGCUUGGAAGCAGUCAUGUUUUUCAACUUGGGAAGUUAGGAAAAGGAUGGGUGACUUUCAAAUGUUUGAAGUACCACUUUUCUAUUCAUAUUUUAGUUGCCAAAAGGUUUGUUCUGUUUUCUGGAGGAGUGAAGAGGGAGCAAAGUAACUAGGUUUUAAAGUUCUUUUCUCCCAGAAAGAUGAGUUCAUGCUUAGCCCUGCUUCUCCGGGGCAGCAGUUGCUCUUUGUAUAAGCAAGAGUAUAAGAUGUCUGGGAUGGAGUUCAGUGCUCAAAAGCGUCAAGUUCUUUUUUGCUGUCCUGUGUAAACUGGAUACAAGUGUCUAGACUGUGGUCUCUGUUUUGGAUGUCUUGGGGCAUAGUGAAUCCUUGUAUACUGGGUACCCACAUGAACAAUUACUGCUUUUGGAAAGCUUAUUAUAUUGAGGACUUUGUUUUCUGAUUUUAGCUUUUCCCCAUCUGAUACUUUGCUUGACAUGUGCUCAAAAAUCUAGAUUCUUUUUAAGCACUUCAGCUGACAGAUUCAGAGGAAGUUACGUUGUGUAUUUAAGACUUUAGAAGAAUAAUUUUCAAGUGUACUGACUGGAAUAUUAUAUGCAAUAUUUUACAGUUUUCUCAUUCUGUGAAUAUUCAUUUUAAGCAACCUUGUUGAAACGGGACAAUUUGGAAACCGUAUUUCAUAUGCCAAAGAAGAGAUCGGCCUGAAUACUGAGUAUUCUCCCGAACUGAUGUUUCCAAACGCCCUGAUUUCUCCUAUGUCUGCUUUUUGCAUCGAAAAGAAUUCUGUUCUGGACGGAAAGUAAUGCUUCCAAAGGAAAACGGAUCCCGUAAAUCUCCAGCGGAAGCUGGCGUGUGCUGAAGCGGACCAUAUUUUCAUGGGAGGACUACCACAGGAGCUGCUGCUUUCAGCAAACCAUCUGAGUUCAGACAUUGCAGAGAAACAUGUGAACCUAAAAGUCUAUAACUGAGUACUCCAGAUUAUAUUGAAUUACAUGAAUGAUAGCCUGAGAACAGAUGUCUUUGUAAGAUUUCAGCCAGAAAGCAUUGCCUGUGCAUGUAUUUACCUUGCAGCUAGAACAUUGGAGAUUCCACUUCCUAAUCGUCCACACUGGUUUUUACUCUUUGGAACAACAGAGGAAGAGAUUCAAGAAAUCUGCUUAAAAAUCUUGCAGCUCUAUACUAGGAAAAAGGUUGAUUUGUCUGAUCUGGAAAGUAAAGUGGAAAAGAAGAAACUGGCAAUUGAAGAGGCAAAAGCUCAAGCUAAAGGUCUCCUACCUGAAGGAGCCCCAAAUUUGGAUAACCCAUCAGGAUUUUCCCCUGCACCAAAAAAUGAGUCUCCAAAAGAGGUUAAAGGAAAUAAACCCUCGCCGCUACCUGUUCAGGCAAUGAAGAAUGCUAAAAGGAAAACAGAGGGAACAAAAAGAACGGGUUCAAAUAGUCCAGUGAAUGGCAUUCAGAAAGGAAGAGAAAGCAGAAGUCGAAGUGGAAGUCGAGAUCAAAGUUACUCAAGAUCACCAUCCAGAUCUGCAUCUCCUAAGCACAGGAAAAGUGAAAGUUAUUCCACGUCAAGUGGCUCGAAGUCCCAUAGCCGUUCGAGGAGCCGCAGUGACUCUCCCCCAAGACAGUUCAACCACAGUUCCAGUUACAAAGGUUCCAAGAUGAGAAGUUACAAGAAAUCAAAGGACUAUAAAUACUCGGCGCACAAACCACGGAAAUCGCGCAGCAGGAGCUCGUCGCGUUCCAGGAGCCGGUCCCGGGAGCGCUCCGAUCAUUCAGGGAAGUACAAGAAGAAGAGUCACUACUACAGAAAUCACAGGCAUGAGCGUUCGCGCUCCUACGAGCGAGCAAGUCAUCGCUAUGACCGCGACCAUCCCGGCCACAGCAGGCAUAGGCGAUGAGCAGUAGAGAAAGGUCUUUCCUUUGGAAUUUAAGCUGUGGAGCUCUUCUCCGUUUGGCCUUUGCAGCAUAGGGUUAACCUGGCUUGUAAACCACGUGGCUUCAGUAAUGUCUAUUCUGCUGGUAACUCUGUACUUACUGUCAUGAAUCCAAAGGAAAGAUGCGAACGAGACAGAAUGAUACAAAGGACUCUGAUAAUUGUCUCGGUGACCGUUCUGCUGGCACGUCACCUAAAAACACUGCAGAGCUUGUCUCUGGAUGCUCUAUGCCUGCUCUUUAGUAAUUUACCUGCCAUAGUGCAGCGCUUGGGCCUUCCAGUUGUGCAGCAGGACCUCCCUUACUCGGUAGCAGUGGGAAUACUGUGCUGAAGGGUCCUUCCCUGUGCAACUGGAAGGCUCGAGACUGUCCAUAAAAACCAUUGGAGUGGCUUGGUGCUAACAAAGCUGUCUUUUCAUACUGACUCCAUGAUGUUGUACAAAUGUAAGGUGACUUUUUUAGAACCGAUGCCUAUAUUAGGUUAUAUAUGUGUAUAUAUAUUUUGCAGUGUUACAGUACAGUAUGGGAGUACGGCCUUACUAGCCUUUACACUUUACCCACAAUGUAAAUAAGCAUUUGUUUAAUACAGGUGGAAGAUAUAUACAGAAAAUUCAAAACUUGAACUCUAUCAAAAGACUUGUGUAGAAAAUUCUGAUAAAUGUGAAAGUAUUUAGCUCUGUGUAUUGAGAGUAGUAUAUUUUUUAUCUGUGCAAUGCUGUGUGCGGGCCACCAGCUCAUAAGACAUUUC